AUGGACUUCUUCCAGAAAGUAUCACAGCAGCUCUUUGAGCUGGAGAAUUCGGAUACCGUUAAUGAACUUAUAAUACUAGGCGAAAAGUUCACUUCUGUUGACAAUAAUGGAUCGGAAGGGGAACAAGCUGCACCAUCAGGCGUCUUAGGAACGUUCUUCAACAGAGACAGGGGCUGGAACCCUAAGUUCUUGGUUUGUGUUCAAAGACUGCUGCAUUUCACGUACCGUACCAAAUUUGAGCCCAUUCCCAAAGACCCAGCGGGACCGUCGCCCAUGAAUUUCGGAACGCUAUUUAGGGAUAAUCCUCUGAACUCAAUCGAAAGUGCAAUAAAUCAUCCGGACUGCUUUUGCAGCGAUAUAGGCUGGGGCUGCAUGAUUCGAACCGGACAAGCUUUGCUUGGUAAUGCACUUCAACGGCGCUCACAAAGGUCCCGGGACGCGUCCGAGAACCGGGACGAUACACAAAUUAUCAAUUGGUUUGAAGAUCGUUAUUCCGCGCCGUUUUCACUCCAUAAUUUUGUUAAGGAAGGCCUGAGACUCUCACACAAACUUCCAGGCGAAUGGUUUGGACCUUCGGCUACGUCUAGAAGCAUUCAAAGCCUGGUGAAUGCGUUUCCUGAGUGUGGCAUUUCGAAAUGCUUAAUAUCAACUGACUCUGCCGACGUGUACGAGGAUGAUAUUGAUCCUGUUUUUGCCCAAGACUCACAAUCUACCGUUCUCUUACUUUUGGGUGUGAAGUUGGGUCUCGAUAAUGUAAAUUCACGCUAUUGGGAUGAUGUACGACACAUUUUACGGUCUAGGCAAUCAGUGGGCAUCGCAGGUGGGCGUCCUGGCUCUUCACUUUACUUCUUUGGCUAUCAAAACGAGUAUCUGUUUUAUCUAGACCCCCAUACCUCACAAUUGGACCUUGCUUCAUUAUAUUCAUCACAGGAAAAAUACGAAUCUGUGCAUUCAAAUCGCUUCAAUAAAAUUCACUUCUCCGAACUCGAUCCAUCAAUGUUAAUCGGGGUACUCUUAGAAGGCUCUGACGACUGGGAAACCUGGAAGCUAGAGGUAUCACAAUCACAGAUUAUACAGGUGUCACCCACAAGACCCGAGGAAUAUUGUCUUGAUGAUGAUGGCUUGGUCAGUGAGUCUGAAGGAGACGACGAACUUGGCGAAAUCCGAGACUCUACAUUGGGGGAUGAGUAUGUGGACGUGGCACCAGCUGGUCAGCAGGCUGACCUGUCCUACAACGAAGAUGAAUUCCAAGAUGUCCAGUGCAAAAAUCAAAAGAUAUUGAUUGUUGGUGAUCACGACAGCACAGCGCCUGAUACAGAAGUGGAACGUGUACUUGUGGGCCAAGAAACCAUCCCCUUGAUAAUAUCACGGGAAGCCCAGCAAUCCACGACUUCUACGCUAUGA